AUGGAUACGCGCUUGGGUCUACUCGCCGCCCUGCUGCUCACAGUGCUCUAUGCGGAGCGGCCCACCUCGGCGCUGGAGCUGGCCCACAACAAUGCCACGGGCGGUGGUGAGAAUGGGCUGCUGCGCACAGUGCGCCACGUGUGGGCACAAUGUGCCGAGAGCGAGGAUAUUUUUUGGUGCUGCAAGCUGCACGGCGCUCGGCUGCUGGGGCGGGCACUCAAGGUGCAGCAGCUCAGCAUUGUGGAUGGCGUUAAUCUGGUGAGGCGUGCCGGCGGUGGCGAGGAGACGCGCACAGGACGUGCCAGCAUUGCCGAGCAUCAGCUAAACAAUCGCGAUCUGGACCACAUGUCCAGCAAGAGCCUGGAUGCUCUGCUGCUGGAGCGCUUUCUUAGCUUUCUGCACAGCCAUCAGCUGCAGGUGAAUUUGCCCCGGCUGCUGAGAUAUGGCGAACGCAACAGCCAGGACUGGCUGCAGUCGCUGCUGGGCUACUUUAUGAAUGGCAGUGACAGUGAAAGCGACAGCGAGGGUCGCAAGAAGAAGGACGACAAGAAGUAUCUGGGACCCUUCAUAGCCGCCGUGCUGCUGAAGACGGCCAUACUAAAGAUGGCCUACCAUUCGAUAGCCAUUGUGGCUGGCAAGGCGCUGAUUGUGGGCAAAAUAGCGCUGAUCAUCAGCGCCAUCAUUGGGCUAAAGAAGCUGGUCGGCCACGAUGGCGGCGAGAAGACCACAUACGAGAUUGUCAAGCAUCCGCAGGUGCAGCAGAGCCACACCUACUCGUCGAGCCAUCAGGGCGAGUACGACAGCGGCGGCCAUGACGGCGGCUCCUAUCAUCGCAGCAUCGAUGACGAGAUGAUGAUGCAGGACAAGGCGUAUCACGGCUGGCUGCCCCAGCCUGGCAAAUACACAUAA